CAUUGCCGAGAUACGGGAGUUAUUGUACGAUGGUUUGCAACAGGCACACCGACGUGAUCGACUAGAUUUCGGCCACUUUGGCGAGGAUCCUUAUAUGGGGGUAGAUAUUACAGUGCCAUCAAUGCCGCACCCGAAUAUGCCAUCCACUGAGCCAUCGACAUCAAUGCCAUCGACAUCAAUCCCUCCACCGCAUCCUACCGCACGUCAUGCACAUCAAUCGGACUAUUUCGAUAUGGAACACUUUGGUGAGGGGCCUUCCAUGGGCCUGUCCCCUCAUGGUCCAUCUACAGCAAUGCAUACACCGCUGACUUCCCCACCUGAAUGUACCAAUUACACAUCCCAGUUUGCCCCUGAGGUAGAUCCUCUAAUGUCUGAACAUACUUCCACACACCAUGGCCAUAUAUUGGACCCCUCCUGGUCACCACCCCCAUAUAGGACAGCAGUUGGUACCCCGGUGACUCCCUUAGCACCACUGUCUACUGCAUGUCUGUCUACUAUGAUUCCCUCUGCAUCGACAUUGACCGCACCCGACCCUUUGACCAUACCAUCAUCUCCUACCCCACCAUCAUCUCCUACACCACAUAUAUCCUUCACCUACCAUGUUGAUCCAUUCAUUACCCAUGACUUCCACAUUGACGGGGAGGGGGAGGGCCAGGUCCAUGCACCUACCAGAGGGACACGUAGGGGUAGAGGCCGAGGGCGAGGGCGAGGGCGACGCCGAGCAAUAGACCAUGACAAUAAUGCAGCGGAUGAUGGCGCUUCACAGCUUAGUGCCGUAUGUGAAGGUGUGCCAGAGGUGGUAUCAAAUGAUUGUACUGCAGCCAUUGGUGAUGUGCAGCCAGCUUCUAUAGAAGCGGGCGAGGGAGUCGUACGUGCGGCAGCGCAAGAUAUACUGAGAGUAUAUAGUAAGAGACCCAGGAGACAAACCCAUGGAAGGGGUUGUGGAACAGGAGGAAAAUUAGGACAUUAGGAACAACCGACAUUGGAAGGGGUAGCUGCUUGCUGUGUUGCUGGUUGCUGGUUGCUGGUUGCUGGUUGCUGGU